CUUUCGCGACGAAUUUUCCCAACCCAGCUCGACUUCGCUUCCCUGUCGACCUGAAUUCUCGCAAAAAUGGCGACCGAGUUGAACGUCCAGUCGGAACGUGCGUUCCAGAAGCAGCCUCACAUCUUCGUCAACCCCAAGACCACCGCGAAGAGCAAGAAGACCACCCAGGGUCGCCGCUGGUACAAGGAUGUCGGUCUUGGUUUCCGUACCCCCAAGACUGCCAUUGAGGGCAACUACAUCGACAAGAAGUGCCCCUUCGUCGGUCAGGUCUCCAUCCGUGGCCGUAUUCUGACCGGUCGUGUCGUCUCCACCAAGAUGCACCGUACCAUCAUCAUCCGCCGUGAAUACCUCCACUACGUCCCCAAGUACAACCGUUACGAGAAGCGCCACAAGAACCUUGCCGCCCACGUCUCUCCCGCUUUCCGUGUUGAGGAGGGUGACUGGGUUACCGUCGGCCAGUGCCGUCCUCUGAGCAAGACUGUCCGCUUCAACACCCUGCGUGUCCUGCCCCGCACCGGCAAGGCCGUCAAGUCGUUCAGCAAGUUCUAAGCGUGUCGAUGACGAAAAAAAGGGGGUAUUUUCUCGAGGAAAACCAUCUAGGGCAGCGGCGCGACAGGGGCAAUAAGCGAAAUAGUACAAACGGGUUGGGAUUGUUUCACGAUUUCAUGUCCCAGGUACCCUUGUGAAAGGAGAUAUCCAAUGA